AUGGCCACGGACCGAUUAAACAACUUAACUCAGCAACAGCUCACAGAAGCGGUGCAGCAGAUUGUUGACAGUCCUAAGUUCUGGGUUAAUAAUGGGCAUAUCCCGGUCGAGAUAAGACGCCAAACAAAGGAAGACAUUCUCAAGGGAAAAUGGGGACCUGCUCCAAUCUUCUCUCCAUAUGCCGCAACUCAUGAUGGCUACAGCCAAGUUCGAUAUCAAAAUGUCAAAAUGCUAGUACAUCGGGUUACUUUUCGCCAUAUGUAUGGCACACAACUAAAUCCAGCGCUCGAGAUUUCACACAUUGUGAACUGUGGCUCGCGCAGUACUUCGUAG